AUGGGAAGAGUAUGGUUUGCGAAAUUAUCGAAUAGAAAAAUUAUUAAGUUCGACUAUAUCUCAUUUAUAUUUUUAAGUUUGCUUUUUCAAUCCCUGAUAGGACUAGUCAGUGCUGAUUUUAACUAUGAAGGCUGUUAUAGUGCCGAAGAUAUUCAGUCUGCUGGACUUUCUCUCAAAAUCUCAUACAUAUAUCAAUCAGUUUCAUAUUGUCAAAAUGAGUGCCCUGAGUCAGCUGUGGUAGCAUUAUUUAAUGGAACAGAUUGUUACUGCGGAAAUUCGGUAAGCUUUUUGAGCUCUUUGGCCAAAUCAACAGAUUCAAACUGUGGAUCUAAAUGCUCAGGCUGGCCCUAUCAAAUGUGUGGUGGAUCAUCGUACAUGAACUUAUACGUGAAUGCAGCGAUUUCUAUUUCAUCGGCUGAAUCCUCCUCGUCCAUGGAAGGGUUUAGCACUUCUUAUGUUUCUUCAUCCACUCAUUUAUGGUCCUCCACACAAAUUUCUUCAACUUCCAAGAGAACGUCAUUGGAUAUAAAAACUUCCGUAACAAUGCCAACAACAACUACCUCUACAUCCGCUACUUCUACUACCUCCACUACCUCUACUACCUCUACUACCUCUACUACCUCUACUACUUCUACUACCUCUACUUCCUCCACUACUUCCUCCACUACUUCCUCCACUACUUCCUCCACUAUCUCCUCCACUAUCUCCUCCACUAUCUCCUCCACUAUCUCCUCCACUAUCUCCCCCACUACCUCCUCUACCUCCUCUGUUACACCCACCUCCUCGCUCAUUACAUCGUCCUCCUCUGAGCCUGCUACAGUCGAUAGCCGUUUUUCUUCACCCUCUUCCACCUUGAUGCCAAGGUCCUCGAGCAGUAGCACACUAUCAACUUCAAAAGUGGCCUCAGUGGCUCUCAGCACAUCGUCGACGAUACCAAUAGUUACCUCGGUUGAACUAGUAACUAGUGUGGUUACAAAAGCCAUUGUGAGUACUUCUGAUCAACAUCAAGAAACAAUAUUUGUCACGAGGACAUCUGUAGUUGAAAGAACCUCUGCAGUAGCUACUGCAGACUCCCUGAGUAAUAAAUCUAAUUCGAAUUCUGAACGGCGUCUAAGUGGCGGAGCCAUUGCCGGCAUCGUUAUUGGUGUUGUGUUUGGUGUGAUUUUUAUUAUAUUGAUUUUACUAUUCCUGAUUUGGAGAAGACGGAAAUCGGAGGAUCAAUUAGACUUAGAGGAAACGAAACAUUACCAACCCUACUCGUUUGGUGAUGAGGAUGCCAAUCCAAUAAGACCCCCUCCCUCCUCUGGUACAACAAAUUGGAUGAGACAUUCUAGGGGUAACACAGCAGCUUCUAUUGGUACGAGUAAUAUGUAUGGUUUGUCCAUGGGUAAUGGUGCAAAUUAUAGUAGUCCUGGUUCAAACACUAGUGGAAGCAUUAUAAAUAACUUGGCUGGUUUACAAGAUACUACGGUUCAGAAACAGUACCUUCCAUCGACAGUAUUUGAAGAGGCAAAUACUUUGAAUAGUGCAAAUGAAAGGUUCAGUGCCAAUUCUUUACCCGACAUGAUGAUGAGCGGACCAUUGCAAGUGGUAAAUCCUGAUAAUCCUGAGUUGUCUAGUACCGUAUCUCAUAAUCGAGCGUGA